AUGGCUUCUUCGCUGCCAGCCCAAGCUUCGUGUCUACAAGACCAGCGCUACACAGAUGGCCACUUCCUCAACGCGCGUGGUCAGAAGCUUUUCUACUGCGCCGCCUUCCCCCCCGAAUCGCACUCGCUGCGCUUCACGCACGUGUACCGACACUUGUGCCUCAAUGGCUACGGAGUGAUUGCGUAUGACAUGCUGGGUCACGGCCAGAGUGAAAGUGAGAAGCCCGGGCUACGCGCACACGGCUCCGAGUUCCAGUACUUCGUGGACGACACGAACCAGUUCGAGCUUCUGACCCCCCAUUAG